UCUCUCGCUCCCAGAGGCCACACAGCCUCUCUUUCUCCCUCUCUCUCUCUCUCUCUCUCUCUCUCUGAUUUUCUCUCUCUCUCUCCUCAAGAAUCACAUACGCGUCUAUCUAUAUCACCGCGAUAUAUAUAUAUAUAUAUAUAUAUACAUAUAUUUAGUCUAGGGUUAGGGUUUGGUAUGGAGAACCGAUCGGCGUUGACGGAGAGAGACGUGGACCGGAUCAAGGGCCCGUGGAGCCCCGAAGAGGACGAGUCGUUGCAGAAGCUCGUGCAACGGCACGGGGCGAGGAACUGGUCGCUGAUAAGCAAGUCGGUGCCCGGGCGGUCGGGGAAGUCAUGCCGGCUGCGGUGGUGCAACCAACUGUCGCCGGGGGUGGAGCACAGGCCGUUCACGGCGGAGGAGGACGAGCUGAUCGUCAAGGCCCACUCCCGGUUCGGCAACAAGUGGGCCACGAUCGCCAGGUUCCUCAACGGGCGGACGGACAACGCGAUCAAGAACCACUGGAACUCCACGCUCAAGCGGAAGCACGCGGCGGAGCAGGCCGACGGCGUCGAGGAGCGCGGCGGUCAGCACAGGCGGUCGGAGAGCGGCGACGUCACGACCGCGAUUUCUGGUUUGUGUGUCAAUGAUAAUUGCUAUAUUAACCUUGAUGAUGGCCCGUCUGGCUCUGAUGUUGUCAGCGAUGCGAGCCUCCCGUUGAUUUCUCCGAUGAGCGUGAGCGCGUAUGGGCCGCCGAUCGCGGAUUGCUCGCGGCGGAUCGAAUCGACGCCGCAUGAGAUUGAUCUGAAUCUGUCUCUUGUUUGUGGAAACGCCUCGCAAUCGGAGGAGGUUGGCGGUGGAAACGCUGGGCGGGUGAGCGAGUCGACUUAUCAGAGCGGUGAUUUUGCGGGGGAGAAGGUGGAAACGGUGUCGUUUGGGCCGGAUUUCCUUUCUGUGAUGCAAGAGAUGAUCAGGAAUGAAGUCAGGGAUUACAUGUCUGGGCUUGAGAAGAUUGAGAGUGGGGUUAGGAACGCAGGGGUGAAACGCAUUGGCGUCAGUAGAAUUGACUGAUUGAAAAAAUUGAG